GGCUGGCGGCGGUGCUGCUCCUGGCGGCGGGGCUGUGCGCAUGCGCGCGGACUCGAGGGCUGCCGGACCUGUGUCCCGCGGCGCACCGCGGCUACAUGGCGCGCGUGGAGGCGGCGCUGGACGAGCAGUGCGACCUGGCGGACCCGCUGCGCUGUCCGGCCAGCACCGCGGACCUGGCCGAGGGCGAGACCGUGGACUUCGCUGUGGUGGGCGCCGGCUCCGCGGGCUGCGUGCUGGCCAGCCGGCUGUCGGAGGCGGCGGGCUGGCGCGUGGCGCUGCUGGAGGCGGGCGGAGCCGCCCCCGCCGCCGCCCAGGUGCCGGCCGAGUACCUCGCCUACCCGCGGCCCGGCUCGCCCAUCAACUGGGACUUCCCGCUGGAGCCGCAGCCGCACGCGUGUCUCGGCCGGCCCGGGGGUCGCUGCCGCUGGCCCAGAGGUCUGUGCCACCCACCUGGGCUCCCAGUCUCCCCAGGCAAAGUGGUUGGCGGCACGAGCGUGCUGCACGGCAUGAUGUACAUGCGGGGCAGCCCCUGGGACUACGAGCAGUGGCAGAGCUUCGGCGUGGGCGGCUGGAGCUUCGCCGAGGUGCUCCCCUACUUCCUCAAGUCGGAGAACAACCGCCAGAUCGGCUCGGUCGCCGAGCCGGAGUUCCACGCCGAGGGAGGCUACCUGGACGUGCAGACGUUCCCGAGCCGGCCGCCGCUGGCCGACGGCAUCAUGCAGGCCGCGCGCGAGCUGGGACUGCGCGCAGAGGCCGACCUCAACGGCCGGGCGCAGCUGGGCUUCGCCGUGGCGCAGGCCAACGUGAGGAACGGCUCCCGGCUCAGUCUGGCCCGCGCCUUCCUCGAGCCGGCGCUCCCCAGGAGGAACCUGCUGGUCAGCCCCGACUCCCUGGUGACGCGGGUGCUGAUAGACCCGGUGACGAGGCGCGCCGUGGGGGUGGAGUACCAAAAGGACGGCCAGCUGAGGACGAUCAAGGUGAGGAAGGAGGUGAUCCUGGCCGCCGGCGCCGUGCAGUCACCGCAGAUACUCAUGCUUUCAGGCGUCGGCCCUGCCAAGCACCUGCGCCAGUUCGGCAUCAAGGUGGUGCAGGACAGUCCGCACGUGGGUGGCAACCUGCGCAACCACGUCUCGUUCAGCAUCAAGUUCAGCGUGGAUGCCAACCAGGCAGCACCGAGCCUCAGCAAUGCCACCUUGAGGCAGUACUUGGACUCCAGGACGGGACCCAUGUCCUCCACUGGGAUGUCACAGGUAACAGGGUUCUUGAGGCUGAACACCGACGACCCGUCAACUCCUCCGCACGUGCCCGAUGUGCAAGUAUUCUUCGAUGGCUUCAUGGCGAACUGCUCGGAGGAUGGCAGCAACCCAGAGGAAACUGCGCCGAGACACAUACACAUCGUGCCCACCCUUCUGCGGCCGCUGUCGACGGGCGAGUUGCGGCUGCGUAGCGCCAACCCUCGAGACUACCCCAGCAUCCAGCCCAACUACCUGUCUCACCGCGACGAUGUCGAUCUCAUGCUCGAGUCCAUCAGGUUAGUCACCGACACUCAACACUACCCUAGCAUCCAGCCCAACUACCUGUCUCACCGUGACGAUGUCGAGCGCAUGCUCGAGUCCAUCAGGUUAGUCACCGACACUCGACACUACUCUAGCAUCCAGCCCAACUACCCGUCUCACCGCGACGAUGUCGAGCUCAUGCUCGAGGCCAUCAGGUUAGUCACCGACCCUCGACACUACCCCAGCAUCCAGCCCAACUACCUGUCUCACCGCGACGAUGUCGAGCUCAUGCUCGAGUCCAUCAGGUUAGUCACCGACCCUCCACACUACCCCAGCAUCCAGCCCAACUACCUGUCAUGCCAUAAGCUUUUUCUCGAAGCCAUCAGCAUCCAGCCCAACUACCUGUCUCACCGCGACGAUGUCGAUCUCAUGCUCGAGUCCAUCAGGUUAGUCACCGACCCUCGACACUACCCCAGCAUACAGCCCAACUACCUGUCUCAUCGCGACGAUGUCGAGCUCAUGCUCGAGGCCAUCAGGUUAGUCACCGACCCUCGACACUACCCUAGCAUCCAGCCCAACUACCCGUCUCAUCGCGACGAUGUCGAGCUCAUGCUCGAGGCCAUCAGGUUAGUCACCGACCCUCGACACUACCCUAGCAUCCAGCCCAACUACCUGUCUCAUCGCGACGAUGUCGAGCUCAUGCUCGAGUCCAUCAGGUUAGACACCGACCCUCGACACUACCCCAGCAUCCAGCCCAACUACCUGUCUCAUCGCGACGAUGUCGAGCUCAUGCUCGAGGCCAUCAUGUUAGUCACCGACCCUCGACACUACCCCAGCAUCCAGCCCAACUACCUGUCUCACCGCGACGAUGUCGAGCUCAUGCUCGAGGCCAUCAGGUUAGUCACCGACCCUGGACACUACCCUAGCAUCCAGCCCAACUACCCGUCUCACCGCGACGAUGUCGAGCUCAUGCUCGAGGCCAUCAGGUUCGUGGUGGAGGACCUGGCAGACACGAGAGCGCUCCGCUCACGCGGCCUGCAGCUGGUGAGGGACUCGGCGCCGGGCUGCGAGUGGCUGCCCUUCGGCGGCCGCGCCUACUGGGAGUGCGCUCUGAAGCGCUUCACCAACCCGGAGAACCACCAGGUGGGCACGUGCUCGCUGGGACUCGUGCUGGACGGCCGGCUGCGAGUCAAGGGCGUGCUGGGGCUGCGGGUCGCCGAUGCCAGCGCAGUGCCCUUCCCGCCCUCGGGCAACCUCAACGCGCCGGUCGUCAUGCUGGCCGAGAAGGCUGCCGACAUGGUGAAGCAGGACCAUCUGCUACCGUUACAGAUUGGUCCCAACCUCAUCGUACCCAUAGUCAUGCUGGCUGAGAUGGCCGCCGACAUGGCGAAGCAGGACAGCUAA